AUGAGCGGCCCUCAGUAUGGCGCCCAACCGGGUGGCUACUACAACAACAAUAACAGCUACCCUCCUCCUCCGCCCAACUCGUACCAGAUGAACCCCAUGCCUCCCAACGAUGGUAACUACGGUCAGCAACCGCCGUAUGAAAAUGGUUAUGGGAAUGGCGGGUACGCUCCUCAGGGACCGCCGCCGAACGGGUACAAACCUCCUCCGGUCGAUGGUUACGGCGGUGGCCCCCCUCCGCCUGAUGGUCCCCCGCCGUCGUACGAUGAAGUGUUCAAGGUCCAGAAGCCCAAGUACAACGAUUGGUGGGCGGGUAUCUUGUUCCUGGCUACCGUUGCUGGGUUUGUCGCGGUUUCGGCUAUCAGUCUUCAUGGUUAUGCCGACAACAGAAGUCAAAACAAUGGCAGCCUCAACGGCCAACGUAACACCUUUGGUCUCACCACCCACACCAUCUACCUCUUUGGCUGGGUCCUGAUUUGCGCCAUCGUCCUCUCCUACGCCUACAUGUGGAUGGCCCGCAAGUUCACCAAGCAGUUCAUCUAUGCCACCGGUAUUCUCAACAUCGUCAUGGGGCUGGUCACUGCUCUGUAUAUGUUAUCUAGGAAGUACUGGUCCGGCGGCAUCGUCUUUUUGAUCUUUGUCGUCCUCCAAGCCCUCUUCUUCUGGUCCUGCCGGUCCCGCAUCCCCUUUUCAACUUUGAUGCUUCAGACCGCCAUCGACGUUGCCAAGGUCCAUGGACACGUCUACCUCGUCUCGGCCGUCGGCGGUCUCGCCGGCACUCUAUUUGCCCUCUACUGGGCCAUCACCCUCGUGGCCGUCUACAUCAAGUUCGAGCCCGACCAGAACAACGCCGCCUGCCGUAACGCCGGCGGCUGCUCCUCGGGCAAAGUCAUCGGCCUCAUCGUGUUUAUCACCUUUGCCGGCUACUGGAUCUCGGAGUGGCUGAAAAACACCAUCCACACCACCGUCGCGGGCAUUUAUGGGUCAUGGUACUUCAACAGCAGGAACUACCCUACCAAGGUCACGCGCGGCGCCCUCAAGCGCUCGCUCACUUACUCAUUCGGCUCCAUCUCCCUGGGAUCCCUCUUCAUCGCUAUUAUCAACCUCAUCCGCCAAUUCGCCCAAGCUGCUCAGCAAAACGCCAUGCAGGAAGGUGACAUCCUGGGCACCAUCCUCUGGUGCAUCUUCGGCUGCUUGAUCGGCAUCCUGGACUGGCUCGUCGAGUUCAUCAACCGCUACGCCUUCUGCCACAUCGCCCUCUACGGAAAAGCCUACUUUGCCGCGGCCAAGGAUACCUGGAAGAUGAUCAAGGACCGCGGCAUCGACGCCUUAAUCAACGAAUGCUUGAUCGGCCCUGUGCUCACCUUUGGCGCGACCUUUGUCGCGUACGCCUGUGGCUUGAUUGCGUAUCUGUACAUGGUGUAUACCAAGCCGGCCUAUAACGAGGGAGGAGGGUUCACGCCGGUGGUGGUGGCGUUUGCUUUCCUGAUUGGGCUGCAAGUUUGCAAUGUUUUCACGACGCCGUUGACCAGUGGUAUUGAUACCAUUUUUGUGGCGACGGCGUGGGAUCCUGAGGUGUUGAUGAGGGAUCAUCCGGAUUUGUAUUACAGGAUGGUACAGGUUUAUCCGCAUGUUCAGGAGGCUAUUCAUGCUUAA